AGUAAAAAGACAGCCGAUGUCGUCGCGGACGCCAUGGAAUUCAUGUACACCCCAAGGCCUGACACCAGUAAUAGGUAUGCACUGAGAAGCCAGCUUGUUGACCUAAUCAGUGAUUACUACUACUUUGCUCCCAGUCACAAAGUAGCCACCAUUCACAGUCAAGUUGCCCCGGUUUACAUGUACGAGUUUGCUCACAGAUCAAAGUUCAGUUUCACACCCGAGUGGAUUGGUGUCGACCAUGGCGUUAACGCAGCCUAUGAUUUUGGAUACCCUCUGGUACCUAUAUGGCCCUUCCAAGACAGCCAAGCUGACAAGAAUGUCAGCUUGUUCAUCAUGGCGGCGUACGCUAACUUUGCCAGGACUGGCAAUCCGACAGCGCAGCUGGUCAGCGGUGUUGAUUGGGAGAACUUUAACUCCACUCACAGAGCGUACUUACAAGUUAGCGUAAAUCCAAGUAUGGAAUCGUCAUUUAAUCCUCGUCGAAUGUCUUUCUGGAACGAUUACUAUCCUAAGCUGCUGCAGCUGAAAUUUAGUACCAAAGAAGACGUGGUCAGCGGUGUACAUCGCGUUACGAUGGAAGCUCUUGCCCAGAUUGUAUGCUUCCUUAUUCUGAUAGUAUUGUAA